GGUGCCAUUGACAAAACUGCUGCCUUCACAGCCAAAAUGCCCAGCUCAUGUAAAGAACUGCGCGAGGCACUCGCGCAGUGUCUCCAAGAAUCUGAGUGUGUCAUGGUCGAGCGCAACAGCGCCGCCGACUGCCUCCGCGAACCCCUCGUCAACACUCUCCCUCUAAAGUGUCGACAGCUGAAGAAGGGUUUCGGCGAGUGCAAACGUGGCAUGGUCGAUAUGCGCAAGCGAUUCCGCGGCAACAUGCCAGUUGCUUACCGUACGAUGGAGCAGGCUGAGGAGGGCCAGGGAUACCAACUCUACGCUGGACGGCCGGCAUUUGCGGGCGGUGUCAAGAAGACUGACGGAAACGAACCCAUCCCCCAAGAUUGGAGAGAAGUCGAGAAUGAGAAGUGGAAGGCUGAGCAGGCAGCGGUGGCACAGCAGAAGAAAUGAGGGAUCAGACUUUUGGUCCUAAACCAGGCGGUUCGUUCCCACCGAAUCACUACAACAAUCAAUGAUUUACGAAGAUCAUGUCGGAACUAAGACCAUAAUAUGAAGAACAACAAAUCGGAGAAGGCUUUGCUCGGCCGUGUCGGAUCAGGCCAGUCUCUGGAACGGUGCAUGUGUAGGCGCCUCUACUCCAUAUUCACCUUUGUACAAUAUUUCUAUCUUGUAGCAUACACAUACAACCAGGUGCCUACUGUACCUACUAAGGUAUCCACUUGUGACCUUCCAUCAUGCUACAUAUAUCAAUACUGUGCUACCCAUCAAAUGAAACAAUCAUUUGAGUAGGUGUCAAUAGAUACGUGAGUAUUACAUGACCUAUGG